AUUUUUCUUCGGAAGUCUGCAACACUAAUCACAGUCACACGGAAUAUUGGUGUUCUGUGGUCACAGUUGUUUUGAAAAUUCUUCAAAAAUUUUACUUCAUUUGAAACAAUUUAAUGUUUAUCUAUAUCAAGUUGAAUUAACGAAGCAAUUUUUUUAAUGCUAUGUUAACGGCGGUAAAUCACAGCAUUAAAACUAUACUCCAAAUUCCUAAUUAUCACAUUUUUCCUAGAUUAUACAGUGUUAUCCUACAAAAUCGCUUGCUUUCGUUGGCAAAUAUGACUUCGGAAUCGAAAUGGAAUAAUGUUAAAAAGGAUAUUCUAUCACUACCUUUGGAAGAAAAACGUAAGCUUUACAAAGGGGGUGAUUACAUCGCUCUUGAUAAUGUCGAUCCUUGGUGGAAAUACGUAACACAGAAUAAAAAAGAAUUGGAAUCAAAAAAGCACACAUUAGACGACCUUACUGAGUUUCAGAAGAUUCAAAUUAGUACAGCUAGAAAUAAAGAAAUAUCUAAGAAAGUAUCAAUUUUUAAAGGAGACAUUACAAAACUGGAGGUGGAUGCAAUAGUAAAUGCUGCUAACUCACGACUGAAAGCUGGGGGUGGUGUGGAUGGGGCUAUUCAUCGUUCGGCAGGUCCACUGCUACAGCAAGAAUGUAACACUCUAGGAGGCUGUGUCACAGGAGAUGCGAAAGUAACAGGAGGGUAUAAUUUACCUGCGAAAUAUGUUAUCCAUACAGUUGGACCACAGGAUGGGUCAGCCCAAAAGUUACAGUCAUGUUACGAAACAUGUCUCUCCCACCAAAAGAAGUAUCAAUUGCAGACUAUAGCCUUUCCUUGUAUUUCUACUGGAAUAUAUGGUUUCCCAAAUCGCUUGGCAGCUCAUAUCGCGCUUAGUACUGCUAGGAAAUAUCUUGAAGCAAGUGAAGGAGUGGAAAGAAUCAUAUUUUGCACCUUCAUGCCUGUUGAUGUAGACAUAUAUGAAACCCUAAUGCAAAUGUAUUUCCCUGUCCACGAAUAGAAUUAUAAUGAUGGUGCAUCUGUUUUCGAGUGAUUAUAAUAAUAAACAUUUUUAUUAAUUAACACUCAAUCGAUAUAGACUGAAUUGUUUAAAUAAUAAUCGUAUGUAGACUGAGUUUUGUUGGGUCG